AUGGAUCGUCCUUCAGCCUUUUGCGAGAGACUCGCCUCUCCGAGCAUCACAAACUUCGCUGUGUCCCUCUUCAUCUUUCUAGGCAUUCUUGUGUCAUAUCUGCCACAGCACUAUCGCAUCAUUCGCCGCCGUUCCUCACUGGGCCUCUCGCCCUACUUCGUCCUGCUAGGCACCAUAUCAGCAACCUGCCAGCUCGCAAAUAUACUAGUCCUUCCCAGGAGUCGAGCGGAUGCUGCAUGCUGCAAGGAGAUCAGCCGGUUUGCGUGUGUUGCCGAUUUGCUCGGCAUCGCACAGAUUGGGGUGCAAUGGGCAUGCUUUACCGUCAUCCUCGUACUCUUCUUCGUCUAUUUCCCCCGAAGCAAAUCCUCCAUCCUAGCUCCUUCAAAAGACGCCGACGCACCUUCGCCACGCACGGCACUGGCUGUGACAAUCGCAUGCGUUGUCCAUGCCAUCAUCACUGCCGGCCUCUCGCUCUACCUCAUCUUCGUUCACCCUGAAGUCCUUCAAGUAUGGGCAAAUAUCCUGGGCAUCGUCUCUGCCGUACUCGCCUUGAUACAGUAUCUGCCCCAGAUCUACACGACGUUCAAGCUGAAAAAGGUGGCUAGUUUGAGUAUACCCAUGAUGUGCAUUCAGACACCUGGAGGUUUCCUCUGGGCUGGGAGCUUAGCAGCACGACUGGGCCCGGAGGGCUGGAGCACCUGGGGCGUCUAUGUCGUUACUGGCUGCUUCCAAGGCACUCUUCUCAUCAUGGGCCUCUACUUCAAGCUGAAAGACAGAACACGGCGAAAAGCUGAAGAGGAUGAUGCGAGUCAAAAGUCUGCAGAUCACGCCAAUGGGAAUGCGCAGAGCAAUGAUUCUUCUGAGCAGACACCAUUGCUCCGGUCUGCAGAAUAG